AUGGUGCGCAUCAUCCCAACACGACUUAAGUCGACCUCUCGAUCCUCCUCUUCCUCUUCCACAACCAUAUCCGUCAACAACGGAAACGGCAACGGUAACGGCAACGGUAACGGACAGAAAGGAACCAAAAAGAACCGCAGCAACAGUCCACCCAUGAGGUCAAAAAAUGAUAGCACGAGCCCUUCGAGGGACGCUGGAAACGGGCUGGCUUUGAGGGUUUCUAUCAUAAAGGGUAAAGAUCUUGCAGCCAAAGACCGCAGCGGUACAUCCGAUCCUCCGCUCCUCCAGUACCUCGUUCUUUCUAUUGGCGACUCGCGAAUCGUAACCAACGAUGUCCCAAAGACACUCAACCCUGAAUGGAACGUUACCGAAGAAAUCCCUCUUACCUCCGUCCAAAACCUAGUCCUCGAUGUUAUCUGCUGGGACAAGGAUCGAUUCGGAAAAGAUUAUAUGGGCGAAUUCGACCUCGCCCUCGAGGAAAUCUUCAGCAACGACAAGGUGGAACGAGAACCGACAUGGUACCGACUUCGGAGCAAGCGUCCUGGCAAGAAGACGAGCGUUGUCUCUGGCGAGGUUCUUCUACAGUUUUCGCUCUUCGACUCCACAAGCCCAUCAGCGACGCCCCAGCAGAUUCUUGAGAAGUUUCAUGACCUUCUGGGUGCCCCUGGCGUCACCUCCCGCAAUGUGACGCCCUCCAUGACACCCAACCUGGCACCGACUGCUGUUUCUCGUUCCAACUCUAGCCCCCAGGACAGCCCUAGCGACUCGGACGAUUCGGACUUGAGCGAUUCCUCUGAAACUGACGAGGACGACGGCGAUGAGCAGGAUGCCACCAAGCGCAAGCGCCGACUUCGAAUUCGAGGAUUGAAGAAGAAAAGGCGCAACAACCCAUAUGCCUUUGCCAGCGGUGGCUCUGACGUAGUUGGUAUCAUCUAUCUCGAGGUCGUCAAGAUUACAGACCUGCCUCCCGAAUCCAACCUUACGCGCACAAGCUUUGAUAUGGAUCCAUUUGUUGUGGCGUCUCUCGGCAAGAAGACAUACCGUACUCGACGUGUUCGUCAUAACCUCAACCCUGUUUUCAAUGAGAAAAUGCUGUUUCACAUCCAAAGCCACGAGCAGCAAUACUCUUUUGCUUUCACCGUUAUUGAUCACGACAAAUACUCUGGCAAUGAUUUCAUUGCUUCGUGUAAUCUUCCCAUCCAUGAAUUGCUUGAGAGAGCCCCCAAAGCGAACCCGGAAACUGGUCUGUACGAUGUCCAGGUACCCGCACAAGCUGAGGUGCUACCUUCACGAUCGCGAUUCAAGAAGCUUGCCAUGUCCCGCUCCAACUCUUCUUCAAGUAUCAGCAAGAUGAUUCGUCCGCCACUGAGCAAGCACGCAUCAAGCACGAGCACGACUACAGCAACCCCUACGCCAGCUCCUACGUCGGCACCCAACACUGGCAUGCUAGCACCAGCGGAUGCUAUGGCCAAUGCAGGUUCUGAUCCGGACUCGGCCACCCAGGACAGUGGAGACAGCGACUUCUAUGACUACACCGUGCCCCUCAAGAUGAAGAAUACAGACAAGUGGGAGACGAAACACAACCCUGUUCUGUACCUUCGUGCCAAAUAUAUGCCAUAUGAUGCUCUCCGACAGCAAUUCUGGCGCGCUAUGCUUCGGCAAUACGACGCUGACGAGAGUGGCCGAAUUAGCAGAAUCGAGCUCACCACAAUGCUUGAAUCUCUGGGCUCUACACUCACUGAGAACACCAUCGACAGCUUCUUCCAACGAUUCCCUCACCGAGAUGCUGACAAUGACGAGAACUGGGAGCUUACCAUGGAUGAAACUGUCGUGUGUCUGGAAGAUCAGCUGGAGGGUCGGAGACGACCCUCAGGCACUGCGGACAAACUGAAGAAUCUGGUACCUGACAUGAAGAAUCUCCUUCACAUUCCUGGUCAUGCUCAAAACAAUGGUGGCUCUGAGAACCCUAGCGUCUUGGACCUCGACACAGCAUCGGGAACCCAGACGCCAGUAUCCAAUGUUCCCACUUUGAAGACGCCUGCAGAUGAAGAGAGUGAUCCUCUCGACAGAUCUGACAGCAGUGAUGAUCGCGGGGACGAGCAUGUGGUAGAGAUCAGGGAGUGUCCUAUCUGCCACCAGCCGCGACUCAACAAACGAAAGGAUACUGACAUCAUCACCCACAUUGCAACAUGCGCAAGCCAGGACUGGAGACAAGUCAACAGUGUUCUGGUUGGAGGCUUUGUUACAGCCAGCCAGGCGCAACGCAAGUGGUACUCCAAGGUCAUCACCAAGAUCUCAUACGGUGGAUAUAAGCUGGGCGCCAACUCGGCCAACAUCCUUGUCCAAGACCGUCGCACAGGCCAGAUCAAUGAGGAGAAGAUGAGUGUCUAUGUCAGACUGGGUAUUCGACUGCUGUACAAGGGUCUCAAGUCUCGAGAUAUGGAGAACAAGCGAAUUCGGAAAUUGCUGAAGAAGAUGAGUAUCAAGCAGGGUAAGAAAUUUGACGAUCCUGUGUCCAAGGACGAGAUUGAAAAGUUCAUUGCUUUCCACGGUCUGGAUAUGUCAGAGGUUCUUCUCUCCUUGGACGAAUUCAAGAACUUUAAUGAGUUCUUUUACCGUGCACUUAAGCCUGGAGCCCGCCCUUGCUCGGCGCCCGACAACCCUCAUAUCAUUGUGUCACCAGCCGAUUGUCGAAGUGUUGUCUUCAACUCCAUCUCAGUUGCGACCAAAAUUUGGGUCAAGGGCCGCGAGUUCAACAUGAAGAGACUCUUGGGAGAUGCGUAUCCUGAAGAUGUGUCGCGGUUUGAGGGUGGUGCGCUUGGUAUCUUCCGACUUGCUCCUCAGGACUACCAUCGCUUCCAUAUUCCCGUUGACGGUAUCAUGGGCCAGCCCAAAAUAAUCCAAGGUGAAUAUUACACAGUCAAUCCCAUGGCUAUUCGGUCAGCGCUGGAUGUGUACGGAGAGAACGUGAGAGUUCUUGUGCCCAUCGAUAGCGAGAAACACGGCCGUGUCAUGGUGAUCUGCGUAGGUGCCAUGAUGGUGGGCAGCACUGUCAUCACCCGCAACGAAGGUGACCAAGUUCACCGAGCAGAGGAGCUUGGGUACUUUAAGUUUGGCGGCAGCACAAUCUUGUUGCUAUUUGAGCCUGGAAGAAUGGUGUAUGAUGACGAUCUUGUGGACAAUAGCAAGGACGCACUUGAGACUCUGGUACGAGUGGGCAUGUCAGUUGGCCAUACGCCUAGUGAGCCACAGUGGACCCCCGACAUGCGCAAGGAUGCAGAGAAUAUUACAGAAGCGGACAAGAGAGCUGCCACGAGACAAAUCCAGGGCAACGUUGCUCUGCAAGACUCGCCAGAUGGCAGCGGAGAGGAAGAGCAACAGAAGCAACGAAUGUUAUCCAAGCCUACCAUCGACACCAUGGCUGCGUCGGCGAUGUAG